AAUUCUUAAUCUUUUUUUGUUUUUUCUUUCUCUCUUGUGAGUUGUCACCCCGUUUGGAUUCCAUGGUGAUCAGGAAUGGAGUGUAGUCUUGGAGCUGUUUCGACUGUUGUCGUUGCGUGAAUGCUCAUGACUGAGAGGACUGUUGAGGUUUAUGAUUCCCUUCGGAUUUGUUUUUACGGAAAGAGAGUUCAUUGUUUAGAUAUGUUUUUUUGUUUUUUUGAUGAUUCUUCUACCAGGAUGGAAUGACUGGACAGUGUAAAGUCUGCACUGAAGGAAGCGAUGAAGGCCUUGUUCUGGGUAGCAACUUUUCUCGACGUCAUCUGCAGUUUGAUUGAGGUUUCUCCUUCUGUUUUCUCCACUGGUUCCGAGGCGCAGGAGACAGGGGAGAGAGGUGGUAUAGCCUGCUUUGUGGGGUUCACAUUUAUUAUGGUGUCCAUGUUCACAAAAUGAAACGGAAUGAAUACACAAACAAGGAGUAAGAGUGAGGAGUUCGCACAGCUUAGUGAUUAGAGUCAUCAAUAUGAGGGGGAGGAGGAAGCGGAAGGUUUCCAGGGAAUUUGAGCACUCAGGAUAGUUGCACUCUGAAUGAGGUAAUCUAGACUCGGGCGAAUAAAAACCGAGCUUGUCUUGGUGCUGGCAUUCGAAGAGAGUGGGACGUAAAUGGCAGGUUCAUGGAGUUUUCUGUGUCUAGUUCCUUUAAUCCUCCUUGGUUAUGGAUUGUAUACAUCCAGCAGCCAGCUAGCAACCGCAGUCUAUUCCAGCCAAGGUGGUUUUAGUCCGAAUGCUGCAGAAAGUGUGUAUGGCGAGAUGAAUUCACGUGGGCAGGAAGUGAAAGUGGAAUUCAUAGAUACAUCGUCGAAGGACCCUGGUCGAAUCACCAAUCCUAUCCAACGACCAGGGAUGUCGGCGAAUUUAGAUGCUCGACGUCAACCCAGCCUAAAAUCAAAAUGGGUCUCGAGAAGAUUCCUUGUGCAAUAUCUUCUGAACUCUUCACCAUCAGAAGCAAUCCCUGCAUCAACGCAACUUCCUUCUCCCGCACAGCCGCCGCUACAGCCUCCUACUCGGGCACAGCUUGUGUCUCCUUUGCAACCAAGUUUAUCACCCUCACAGUCACCACCGUCACCAAUAGAACUUCCUCCAUCCAAUGUGCCAUCUCCAUUGCCUGCUGUCCUCCAACCCACGCCGCCAACUUCGAAUGCUCCUGUUCCUACUCCUAUUGCAAAUCUAGACCUUCAGGCAUUGCUGUACUUCAAGGGACAUGUUACGGCAGAUCCAAAUAGUGUUUUCAAGCUAUGGAGUAACACUAAUAACCCAAAUUCAUGUAACUGGUUUGGGGUCACGUGUGGCCAUGUGGGUGAUAAUGUUGGGCGUGUCAUUUCCCUUAGUCUUCCCAACAGAGAACUAGAAGGAAACUUGACAAGUUGGAAGGAGGUAGUAUAUCUUCCAUACCUGGAAAUUUUGGAUCUCGGUGGAAAUAAGUUACGUGGGUCCAUCCCCGAAGAGCUCGGUGCGCUGAAGCGCCUCAGGGUUUUGCUUCUCAACGGAAACUCCUUCCGAGGGUCGUUUCCUCCGAGGCUCUCCUCAUGCGUGACGAUGGAAGAGCUUGAUGUCCAAGGGUGUGGCAUGACUGAUGUUUAUCCGGAGAUGUUUGUAAAUUUUAGAGGAUUGAGUUUACUCAACUUGGGGGACAAUUAUUUCUCUGGGCCAAUCCCGAUGUGGUUGGGGUGGUCUCCUGUCCUGCGUUACUUACACUUGGGGGGGAACAGAUUCAGUGGCGAUCUUCCGAUCACUUUGUUGAACUGCACCUCCCUCAUGUUUCUGAACAUUUCUUCAAACAAUUUGACGGGGUCUGUUGAUUCCAUGAUUGGAAACCCUGGUGCGACUUCAAAGCCAUCUAGACAUGUCGCGAAAUCAGUUUUCGGGUCGAAUACCUUUCGAACUUGGAAACCUACGAGAUGUUGUCGGGAUCAACCUUUCCGGAAAUUCUUUCACUGGAAAUAUUCCGCCAAGCAUCGGAAACUGCUCCAAACUGCAGAGUCUGGAUCUUGCUGAUAAUAAGCUCGGUGGAAGUUUACCAGAGACUCUCAGCUUGCUUCGAAACCUCAAGCACGUGCUGAAUUUCUCGCACAAUGUUAUCGGGGGACUGAUUCCAGGCAGCCUUGGUUCUCUUCAUGAUUUGUCCAAGCUUGACCU